CAUAACAGCAGUGUGGUGGGUGCUGCCAUGGCAACGACUAGAGCGUCAACCAGUGACUGGAAAAAGACAACAUGUCCGGGGGAGCCACACGUCGUGAAAAGAGAGAGCAACCAAAAGCAAAGGACAAUGAGCUACAGAAAGAGGAAAGUGUCUUCCUCCAGUGGGAAGUGCUGCCAAACCAACAAAUCCAAGAGCUGCUUAAGAAAACUAUGGACGAACUUCAGAUUGAAAUCAAAACGAUUCUGGACUUGAGGAAUCAUCAGAUCUGUAUGAAGGAAGCUGCCCUGCUGGAUUACUAUGUCUGCGGCUUCUGGUGGGCGAAAGAGGCCAACUUCACCCCCAUAAAAAUCUCCUUCACCAUGGCUGUACUGCACAUGCUGCUGGAUAACAUAAGAGAGAAACAGAUGGUUUUAGUGGAGAACUUGAUGGAGUUUGCCAAGGCCUUAGGUGCUGCCUGCCAGUGGUCGACUUUAAAGGAAGACAGCCCUCCACUUCUAGACAGAGAAGAAGCCACGGCACUCAUAAGUUACAUCAGAAACAGUCUGUUUCAGAAAUACAGACUCUAUGAGCUUCUGUUCACCACAUCCAGAGAGGAGCUACUGACAGGCAUGGAGUCAAACAUGCUGUUUUCCAGAGGACCAUUGAGGUGUUUGGCUGUCAGGAUGCUCUCACUCCCUUGGAGGAAGGUAUUUCCACUCACCUCUCCUUCCACUAAAUGGCUCUGCCUGUUAUCCAGAGAAAUGAACAGGUGAUGAUGAAUAGAGGGAUAGCAUCAGUGUGAGCUGUGACUUGUGAUUCCUUUGUCGUCCACAGUAGGGCGUUGUCCGUCUGUGGAAUCACACUGUACAUACGCAGUCCACAUGUCAUCUUUGCCCUUACUUUUGCUUUGUUUCUGUACCUUUCACACAAUCCAUGUUGUUAGACUGCCUCACAUGGAUCAAAUGACAGAUAAAUUAAUUUAUCAUUUAUUAUGAUCUAGGCUAAUUUUUAGACUUCCUAUGGGUAAAGUGGUAUGUAACAAUGACACAGGUUACACGUUUUUUCCUUCACAAUAGAUGGUUAGUCGGUUUGUU